AUGGUGAAAGACAUGAGAAGCAGAAUAAGUUUGUUUGUUGCAGGGUUGCGUCGUGCUUCAAGCAAGGAAGGUAGGGCUUCCAUGUUGAUAGGUGAUAUGGAUAUAUCAAGGCAGAUGAUAUACGUUCAACAAAUGGAAGAAGAGAAGAUGAAGGAUAGAGAAGAGUACCGCAACAAGGAGGCAAAGACACGGAAUGCGUCUAGCCAACCAAAAGCUGGUUGUUUCAAGAGUGGUCAAGAGGGUCACUUCAUAAGAGAAUUCCCUAAUAAUAAGCAAGGUGGUGAAAAUCCUGGAAACAAAGCCCAAUCUUUAUCAGUUGUUCCACCAAGCAGGGAUGCACACAGAGGAGCUGCUUCUGGUACCGACAGAGGGGCAAAUCGCCUCUAUGCAUGCUAUCACUAG